ACCUCCUCCGGCCAAAAAAAAACUACAUAGUUUACCUAAACCAAUUAAUUAUGUAAUUAUUUUAAUUAGUAUUCCUUAAUCCGUAUCCAUCCCGCAGCCCCAUCAGUCCUUCCUAAUUCCCAUAGGUUAUUACAUAAAAAAUAAUAAUAUUUUUCAAAUUGGGGAAAAAAAAGAAGAAAAAAAAAGCAAACAAGACCGAGAUUUGGAAGGAAGGGAAAGGGAGGAUUCUUAAAGAGUGUCUGUUUGUUUGCUUCUCUUUGGGGAAAUUUCGUGACUGAAGCACACAGUUGCGGAGCUGAAACGACGACGUUUCCUUAGGGGUUGCCGGCGAUGGGCGAUGAUAAGACGUCGUCGAUUGUAAUGGCCAACAGAGACAGAGAGCGAGAUCGCGAGCUUCUCAUCCCCGUCGCUGACUCUGCUCACGACGAAGCUUCUUCCAAACCUUCUUCCUCGUCAUCAUCGACUCAUCACCCCGGUCGCGAGACUUUUACCAAAGUCGUUAGAAGCUGGGCGUCAAAAAAGUUCAUGACAGGAUGUGUGAUCUUAUUUCCAAUAGCUAUAACUUUCUAUAUUACGUGGUGGUUUAUUCACUUUGUGGACGGUUUUUUCUCACCAAUUUAUGCUCAACUUGGAAUUGAUAUUUUUGGUCUUGGAUUUGUAACUUCCAUAACAUUCAUCUUCUUGGUCGGGGUGUUCAUGUCAUCGUGGUUGGGUGCUUCAGUCCUGAAUCUUGGGGAGUGGUUUAUCAAACGGAUGCCUUUUGUUCGUCAUAUCUACAAUGCUUCCAAGCAGAUUAGUGCUGCCAUAUCCCCAGAUCAAAAUACACAAGCUUUCAAGGAGGUUGCCAUCAUAAGACAUCCACGUAUUGGUGAAUAUGCAUUUGGGUUCAUCACUUCAUCUGUUGUUCUCCAGAAUUAUUCUGGAGAGGAGGAGCUAUGCUGCGUUUAUGUGCCAACCAACCAUCUAUACAUUGGUGAUAUAUUCCUUGUGAACGCCAACGAUGUUAUAAGGCCAAAUUUAUCAGUUAGAGAAGGAAUUGAAAUUGUAGUUUCCGGAGGCAUGUCGAUGCCCCAGAUGCUGUCAACGGUUGAUCAACAGAUUUCGCCAGCAGAUAGAAGUAGUAGACCUAACAGAAGCUGAGUGAGGAUGUUAGCUGUAGCAGGGUUGUUUGCUUAUAUAUCUCAUGAUUUCUUUCUUUGAGUGGUCAGAAAGGCCUGGCAACCAAUUUGUUGUUUGCGCUGAAUUGAUUUGAUCAAAUUGUCAAAUUUUUGGUUGUUGUAUUCUGGCUGAUCUGAUGGCAUCUGUAACAUCGUUUAUCAAGUUAUUAGGAUGUAGAAAUAUUUGAUUGGAAAUAUAGUUUUGUUGAUGAUACAGGAUUGUAAUAGGCAAUUCCAUUUUAAAAUUCCUUUGGUUAAUAUUUAUUUAUUAUGCUGAAUCUGAUGCUUUUAGGCAAAAGCCAUUUUGUACAUGUGAACUUAUUAAGUAGAGGGACGAGUAAGCAACUGGUUGUGUAGUAGCAGCAGUAUGAUUUUUCUCUA